GAUGAAUUGGCUAGAGUAUUUGUAACUCUGUAUGAUGCUAAGCAUUUUUUAGCCCCUCUGCUGUGGAACAUGUUCUACAAAGAAUGUGUUUUUUUUACACAAAAUUACCCUACUAUCUCAUUUUUCGAUUUUUUGAGUAAAGUCACAGAACCUAAUACUCAAUUUAUUGACCAUAUCUUCAUCUUAAAAAGUGUGUUAGAAAAUAAAGUUGAUCAUGCUGCAGAACAUUUGGGAGUUAGUAACAUAGGAGGCAUGAUGUUAGCUAUUGUAAGGUACGUCCGCCACUUGGAUACCACUGUACAUGCUAUUCAAAUUAAAACAAAGCUUUGCCAGCUGGUUGAAGCCAUGAUGAUUAUGCUAGAUGAUUUGGCAUUUGGUCAAGAAAUGAAGUUUCGCAAUAAACUCGUGGAAUACCUUACUGAUUGGGUGAUGGGCAACAGUCAUCAACUGGCUCCCCCUAAUUCUGGAGAUGUCACAACUUUAACGAGGGAUCUUGACCAAGCGUGCAUGCAAGCGGUAGCCGCACUUCUAAGGGGUUUACCACUACAGCCAGAGGAGAGUGAUCGAGGUGAUUUGAUGGAAGCUAAAUCUAUUCUUGAAAAGAUAAAAAAGUUCAACAUAGAGUUAAUGUAUCCAGACUUAGUGAGCUCAGAACAUGCACUAUUCAAGCUAUGUCAAAUCUUAUAAGUGCUAAUGUUGAUAGUGGACUCGUGCAUUCUAUUAGUAUGUUUGUCUUUCUUAGCUCUUAAAAUUUAACCCAUAUUUGUAUGAUUUAGUAUAUUUUGUAAAGUUUAUUCAAAAAAUGUUGCUUCAAAUUAAUAUAAGGAAGUAAAAAUGGAAGAAUCAUAAUUAAUCGGAGAAAGUAAAGCUUUCUUGCAACGACCAGAUUGCUCAAUUCGAGUAAAGCUAAUGUGGUCGAUAUUGUGCACUGACCGCCUUUACUUCCCAGAUAAUCUGGUAUUCGUAGAUCUGAAGUGGAGUAGGCUUCAAGCCGUUACAUAAGAUAG